CCUCGAUAUAAAUAACCGACCACCGUUGAUGGAUGUCGGCGGCAUGUCCCAUCGCCCGAUGAAGACGAAGGUCCAGGCAUUGCAGCCAACCACCGCCGCAGUACCACGCAAGUCAACUCCCAUUCAAGUACCCUAGACGCCAAGCAGCAAGCGGCAGUCGCUGUCCUCGCAAAAGCCGCCGGCCCCGUGUUCGCCAAGCCGUAUAAAGGCGACCUUUUUGGCACUCGCACUAACAGCAUCGACGGCAUGCUCUACCUCUCGCGCAUCACGGUUAAGGACCAGCUCAAGAACAACGUGCCCACGACCCUGCAUGCCGCCCCCGUGAACACGGCACUCCCCAAGCAUCUCGACAGUCCCGCCCAGGACAUCAACGAGGUCGGGUACCGCACCAAGAAACGGCAGUGUGCCAAGACGUUCGAGCGCAUGAUCUACUCGCGCCUGUCACCGGCGUCAUCCAGUGAAUUUGGGGCACCCACUCCCAAGGACAAGGGCAUGAAGUCGCUUCUCGACAACGGCAUCGUACCGGCUCUCGUCUCCCUUGCGGCGGUCCCCGACACUCAAACGCAACUGCAUUGUGCCAAAGCCUUCUACGGGCUCGCCCAAGUGCCUUGCACGCGCCGCCUCCUCGUGCUGAACAACAUUGUCGGCACCAUUUCGCUCCUCGUGCGUCAUGGCGACGCCAUCCGCAGCAAGUUUAAGCAAGACCUGGCGGCGAUAGUUGGGCACAUCACCGAGGAGAGCUUCCUCGAAGACAAGCUGCUCCACGACGGCGUGGAUCGGGUGCUCGUGAAGCUCUACCACGGCCACAACGCCGAGACGAAGCGGCUCGUCGCGCUCUCGUUCUUCAACCUGUCGCACAACUCGAGCCAGCUCAAGCACUUCAUCGACGUGUUCACGCAGUGCAUCACGAGUGUGUGCAAGACCAUGAGCCCGGCGUCGCAUCCGUCCAAGGCCACGCUCUUGCUCUUGCAGGCGCUGUUCAACCUCACCCAGACCCAGUCGUUCCACAACGCCCUCAUGGCCGAGAACGUCCACCGGGUGCUGUCGCUGCCCCUCGCCCACUUUUGCAAGUGCCACCAGCACAAAAUACGCCCCACCGAGUCGGUCGAAGACGACUCGAUUGAGUUUGGCCUCAAGGGGCUGUUUAUGCUCGCGGCCACCAAGAACGGCCGACAGCACAUUGUACAGGAUGGAUUGAUUCCAAACAUCGUCGCAUGCUUGGUGCUUGGAGGCGUUGUGGCCGACACUGUGUGCAUCAUCCUGUACCAGCUGUCGAUGGACGAGACCUGUCGGGAUGCGGUGGUUCAUGACCUGGCGGCCGUCGUGGACAACAUCGUCCACUGCUCGUCGUACGGGUACUUCACCGUGUCGUGGGUGCUUCGGCACUUGUGCGCCACCAAAGCCAACUUCCCCGCGCUUGUCGACGCCGGUGUCGUGCCCGUGCUCAUGCAAAUGUCUCGCGACUCGCACGACGAGGUCAAACUCAACGGCAUCAGCUGCAUGUGCUGUCUGCUGCAGUGCGACCUCCGUCUCAACAACGCCCUCACGUGCAUGGAGCGCAUCAUUCUGGACCUGGUGCAGCUGCUCCAGUCCGACGUCGAGUCCAUCGUGGUCUUUGCCAUCACGGCGCUGUUCAACUUGGCGUGCAAUGACACCCUCACCCCGUUCCUCUCGGCGCCGUCCACGGGCGUCGUGCUCUCCCUCAAGGACCUCCUCCAUCGUCACCCCUCGGAGAAACUCACGACGGUCCUCCUCCCGCUGGUCUACCAGCUCGCCCCCACCACCCGAGCGCUCAUGCUGCAGUCGGGUUUCUUUGACUUCGUCGCAGGCGCCAUAUCGACCACCACCGGACCCGCUCGCCACGCCGCAUUGGACACGAUGGUGCAGUUUACACUGGAAGCGGAGGCGUUCCCCCAAGGAACGGAGGACGUCCGGAGCCUCGUCAAGGCGCUGUACACCCUCAAAACCAACAACGACACGAUCGCCCUCCGGUCCUGCGUCUCGCUCCUGGCGCACCUCACGACGUCCCCCAAGAACCGCGACCUGCUGCUCAAGACCGGCUGCGCUGUGUGCCUCGCGCGCAUCUGCAACACCGCGGACGACUUCAUCAUGGCCAACUGCGCGUACAUCCUGUUCUGCUUCACCGAGACCCUGGACGCCGUGGAGGUGAUCGUGCGCGAGGAGGCCAUCCCCGUGCUCAUCCAGCUGAGCCGCGCCUCCAACGACACUGUCAAGGAGCUGUGCAUUUUGAGCUUUUGCCGUAUUUCUGCGCAUGGUAACAACAUGGAGACCAAGCUCGUCGAGCAAGGCGCGAUCGCGGCGGCCAUGAUCAUGGCGCUGGUCGCGACCAAAAGCGACCAGAUCAAAACGUUGUGCGUGAAGAUCAUCUCCAACUGCCUCUCUCUCCAAGCCAAGCACUGCACGCGCACCAUGAUCGACCACGGCGUGUUCUGGGCCCUCAGCUCGCUGUCGACUCUGCCGUUUGCCGACACUAAGCACGCGUGUGCCACAUGCUUCUGUAACCUGUCGGCGGCGUACCCGCUCAAGAUGGUCGAGGCGGGGGUCCCCCGGGCACUCGUGCAGGUCGUCGAAACGGGCGACGGCCCAACCAUCGUCAUUGCGCUCGAGGCGAUUGCCAACCUCCUCCACAACGACAAGGCGUGUGGCAUUCUCGUGAACGAAGGCAUCGUCAAGAUCUUGCGGCGACUGGUCGAAGACACGAACGAAACGGUGUCUCAUGCCGCGGCCAUGGUGCUUCUCAAAACGUCCCGCGCCGACGACAGGUGCCGCGUGGAAAGUCUCCGGAGCGGCCUCGUGCCGUGGAUGCGCUCCGUGCUGCACAACGACGUGCUGGCAACCCAGAGCCUCAUCACGCUCUGCGAUUGCACGGCCAACGCCGCCGCCCAAGGCCACGUCCAUCCGCUGCAUGUGAUCGACAUUCUCCGCGCGGCGGUCCCUUCGUCUCAUCCACACCGCAUGAGCUUAUGCCUGCAAGCACUGUACAACAUGACGUGCCAGCCCUCCAAACUGCUCGAGCUCGUGCACGCCGGCGCGCACUUGUUCUUGCAACAAGGGGUGCACACCGACGACACGACUUUGAGUGUCAUGUCACUGUACAACUUGACGUGUGUGCUGGACGAAGGCGCGCUGUCGGCGCUCGUGGCCAGUGGACUCACGCGGCUACUUCAUGACACAUACCUCCUCGAUAUCGAAAAGCCGUGGUGCGUGCUGUCCAUCUGCAACCUGGCGCUGGGAAAAGUGAACUCGUCGCGUAUUGUCAUGGAGAACGGUGGGGUCGUCCUCGUCGACUUUGUUCAGUCCACCGCGUUCACGAACGACUCGUCGGGGCUCUUGAAGCCACCGAUGAUUGCCCACACCGUCUCGGCCGCGUUUCGCAAGCUAAUCAACCCCCCUGGGAACCAAAAGGUGGGCGUUUCUAUUUCGACUUAACUGACGCCGACGACCCAUAAAUUAGGCCAUGGUGGAGCUGGGGGUCGUGCGCUCGUUCGUGCGACUUCUGAACGACCCCGCGGCCGCGUACGCCGUCCGCAUCAACUGCUUGGAAUCCCUUGCCAUCCUCACGCGCAACAAAGACCACAUAUGGCGCAGCCUCGCCGACGGAUUGCUUCUGUGUAUCCUCGACAUUGUCGACCGCAACGAAGCGGAGCCUGACGCGGCCGUGGGGGCCCAUUGCUUCACGGUGCUCUCGAAUCUCUGCGCCGUGGACUUCGACGCCGCCGCGUCGCCCGCGCAUCACAACGUCCGCACCCAUGCCAAUGUGAUCGCGUACUUGACGCAGCUGUCCGAGUACAGCACUGCGAAACAAAAUUCCUCCGUCAUGGAUGUUGUGGUACCGAGCCGAGAGCGACCGCAGGUGCAAACCAAGUUCCUCGCGGCGCUUCCGCCCUGUAUCGCCGGCCACAGCGCACAUGUGUCCCCGACAUACUCGGUGCCAUGGGAAAAGUGUUUUGCAGACAAUAGACCCAGCCUCCCGCCGCCCAUUGGAAGUGUGUGGUCGCCUGUGAACAUCGCCGUCUUUACCAAGAACCUGCCUGACUCGUUCAAGCUGCCACGAUACGAGAUUCUCGAAAAGGUGCCGCUGAUUCGGGAUUAUGGUGAUACGAGCGAAGCCGCGCACAAGUAUGUCGUUGGCAUCAAGGGACUGGUGAGACUGCAAGUACACGCGCACAGCCAGGCCAUGCUCGGUCUCCGGCGGAAGAAAUUUGCAGCGACGAACCAUAUUGAGGAUCUGAAGGAUGCGAUGGAGGUAUCUGUAGCUCGUCCGUUGAGUGGCAAUACGCGCAAGGAGGUGGUCACAUCCAAGCAGGCGGUGCUGAUGAACCCCUUGAAUCGGUUAAGGGACAAGCGGUCGUCGUCGCUUAAGUAUUUAGUCCAAAAUUGAAAGAUCGGGUCAUGAUAAACCAAUAGCCAAUCAUCUUGCGCUAAUUGAGGCACCUUCGAUUUGAUUGGUUGAUGAUUGCACCAA